AUGACAAACAGUUUCUUGCCUCAGUCACAAUCUGAUGACGAAGGCGUAGCAGAUUAUAAAGUUGGAGGAUACCAUCUUGUGCGAAAGAAUGAUAUCUACAAUCAACGUUAUCAAGUGGUCAGCAAAUUGGGAUGGGGACACUUCUCCACCGUUUGGCUAUGUAUAGACUUGGAGAGCAAGCGCAAUGUGGCACUCAAGAUCGUACGCGCAGCAAAGUCCUACACAGAGACAGCAGAGGAUGAGAUCAAGUUGCUGAUGGCCAGCACUGGCUCGCCCGCCGUUGCCACACUGCUCGAUCACUUUGUACACACUGGUCCGCACGGCAAUCAUGUGUGCAUGGUGUUUGAAGUGCUGGGGAGCAACCUGCUCGACCUGAUCAAACACUACAGAUACAGAGGCAUCCCGCUCACCUUGGUCAAAUCGAUAAUGAAGCAGGUGCUCGUUGGACUGGACUAUCUACAUACCAGGUGCUCAAUCAUUCACACCGAUCUCAAGCCCGAGAAUGUACUGCUGCGAGGUACAGUGGACAUGGGAGCAGAGAACUUUACAUGGGGACAGCAGUAUGGAUUGUACAAGUGUAGACACAAGUCAUCAAAGUUAACAACAACAGUAGUAUCAUCGUCAGCAUCUUCAUCAAUAUCAUCAUCAUCAUCAAUAGAUCAACAUCAUAACAACAACAACGAAAUGGAAUUAGAUAAUAUUAUAUAUAACAAUGGACAUUCAUUCUAUCAACAUAACAAUAGCGAACGAGGAGAGGAGCUAAGCAGAGAGCAUUACCCUGCAUGUGCAAUAGUUGACUUGGGAAAUGCAUGUUGGAUCGAUCGACACUUUACAGACGACAUUCAGACGAGACAGUAUCGAUCACCCGAGGCAAUCGUGCGAUCAAGAUGGUCGACACCCGUGGACAUUUGGAGCGCUGCAUGCAUGGCAUUCGAGUUGGCCACUGGCGAUCAUCUGUUCAAGCCAAAGUCGAGCAAAACGUUUGACAAGUCAGACGAUCACCUGGCACUGAUGAUCGAGCUGCUGGGACCGUUCCCUUCACCAAUCACAACACAAGGAUCAAAGUCUAAGCAAUACUUUACUCAUCGAGGCGAGCUGCGCAACAUUUCGAAACUCAGCGAGCAGUGGCCUCUCUACAAUGUCCUGACAGAGAAGUACAAGUUCACACAUCGCGAGUCCAAGGACUUUGAGGACUUUUUGUUGCCAAUGCUUCAAUACCUUCCAGAGAAGCGUGCCACCGCUCGUGAAUGUUUGAAUCAUUCCUUCCUAAAGGAUGUUCCUCCUUUAGUCCAGUAG